AUGUUACAAAAUAAUGAUGAACAAGAGAAAUCUAAAUACGAACAAAUAUCUAUUAUACCUAAACGAAAAGUUGAUCAAAAAUUAUUUCGACCUUGUGUAUCACCAUCUCAAGCAAUUGAUUUAUUUAUUCAACGUAAAUUACAUGCUGUUGAACCAACAAUUUAUUAUGAAUCAUCUCAAAUAAUCGAAGCAUUAUUAAGAUGUAAUAGUGGUCAAGUUAUGGAUAAAACUGUUCUUCGUAUAACUUCAUCUGAUCAACCAUCGAAAUAUUAA